AUGGGUGGUUGUGGAUCCAGCACCAAAGCUUCCGAUGACGUCGUCGAUUUCCAGUCGCCAAAGGCGAAAGGCAUGGUGGCACCAAAAGCAGAAACAAUUGUCCACGACUUUUCUUCACUGGUUAUGCUCAGUUUGCGAUGUGAGGGCUUGCAGAAAGGCCGAAAUACUGUGGCUGUGGUAUACUCUAAGCUGAGUACUGAUGAGCUUUGGAUGGAGUAUGGCACCACUGAAAUUUGUGGGCAAGAUACCAGAUGGCCAGUGUGGGAGAGAAUGUUUGAUUUGCAAUUUCGAAUAGAACACGUGCGUGAGGUUCGUGUCGAAAUUUACAUUAUCAGAAACCAAGCGAUGCAUGAAGAUUUGAUGGAGCAGAAAUAUGUGGGGUCUGCCGAAUUCAAUCUAGCAGAAGCCGUGUAUGCCAGAAGCAGCACAAAGAAUCACGGCUGGCUGAAGAAGAAGCUGGAGAACAUCAAAAGGAAGCCGCGAGAUCCGCCCAUUGGGAAGUUGUUCGUUUAUGCGGAGGAGUCGGUGGAUGCCAAAGUGGAGUUGAGCUUCACGGUCUCAGGGCAGGAUUUGAAACCCACCGAUUUCUGGAAGCGAAAAUGCGAUCCUUACUAUGAGGUCAAUCGAAUCCAGGCCUCCAGCGACUACUCAGCAGUGUAUGAAACAGGUGAACUCCUGCUGCAGCCAGUCUUCCGCAGCGAAGUUGCUCGAAAGACUUCGGUGCCAUCCUAUGAGGAAGCAAGCUUCACUGUGGCCCAGACAAGUUCAUGUGAUGUUUCGCAGGAUAUCAUCAUAUCUGUCCACGAUUGGUUCCGUCUUGCGCCAGAUCGCUACAUUGGUGAGUUUGUGACAAAUUUUGAGGAGCUACAGAAGAUUGUGGGACGAGGGAAUCCACACACCUUUCCUAUCUACAAGAGGGAGGGCCCAAGGAUUGCCGGGAUGACCCGGAUGAGAACUUCCAAAACCAUGCUGAAAGGUGGACGAUCGAGCAGUCGAACAGGCUCUGGAUCCAGGACAGGCUCCGGCUCCAGAAGUACCACGCUGUCGGCGGAUCGGGCGCCAUCGAGGAAAAGCACGCAUGCCAGUCGGAGCAGUGGCAUAGGGGGACGAAUGGGCUCUCAAUUGAUCUCGAACAGGACUGGCUCGAUGCUCUCUAGUGGUGGUGGGCCAAGGAGCUCGUCCCACGGCAGAAGUUCGUCGCAUGGACGCAGCAGUUCCCACGGAAGAACGACUUCGCAAAUCUCAGGGCAUUCGUCGAAGAGCCACACCUCUGGUGGCACUCACUCUGUGACCUCCUCUGAGAUGAAAAGCAGAGGCCACAUCGGACCAUUGGCGGGACAGCUGACCAUGGAUGGCUUUCGCUUCAAGCGCCACUUCUCCUUUUUGGACUACCUGCGGGGCGGACUCGAAUUGCAACUCAUGGUGGCCGUUGAUUUGACCAGAUCCAACUUGGGCCAAACCAAUCCGAAAUCCAUGCACAGUGUGGUUUCCACGGAAGAAGAGACCGCGUAUGCCAGUGCGAUUCGCUGCCUGGGAGAAGUGAUGUCGGUCUAUGCCACCGACAACAGUUAUCCCAUUUAUGGCUUUGGGGCCAAGAUUCCGCCCACACAUUCCGUCGUCUCCAACUGCUUCGCUUUGACUGGUGAUUUUUUUCAACCGCAGGUGGAUGGCGUUGAGGGCAUGCUCAAGGCCUACCACCGCGCCCUGCGAGUAUGUCACUUGCAUGGGCCUUCCUACCUUGCAGAUGUGAUCAAACUGGCUGCUGACAUGUCCAGGCCGUACAUGCAGCCAAAGAAUUUGAGGAUCAACGAGCAGCCUCCGGACAUGAAGUACUAUGUCCUUGUGGUUCUGACUGAUGGCGAGAUCGAGGCCAGCAGAUUCGAGAAUGGCGAAUUUGGCGAGUCCUCUUCCCGUUACUUAGCUCAUUGCCUUUGGUUGGCAAUGAUUCUCACAGAAGACUGGCGGUGUUUUGACCCGUGGUUUCUGAAAUUGCGGGAACCUCCCCGGCAGAGGCUGUGCACUUAUUCUCCGGGGAUUGCUGAACGUUUCUUUGGGGCGCUGGGGAUUUGGUUGAUCGCCGUCUUCCUCUUUUGCUAUGCCAUCCUGACCAUGUCCUCGGAGACGUUCAUAUUCUCAAAGGACACCCGCGAGAUGAAACAAAAAGAACCAGCGUGUGGACAGCACAUGGUCUAUGUGCUCAUUAUUAAGAGGAUAUUGGAGCUAUUCCUGCUGACCCAUCUGUGCGGGCCCCUGAUGAUGCAGGGAGCAGAAGACCUUGAGCGUUACAGAACCGCAGGCGUGAGAGAGAUGGAGGGUGCUGGACUGGUCAACCGGAUUCGCAAGUGCUUUUUGGGGACAAACUACUCUCCCCGGUGGUUGAGCUCCUUCUUUCCAGACUACCUCGCAAUGUUUCUGGUGUUUCCUUGUAGCAUUGUCUUUACUGUAUACCUCUGGGUCCAAAAAUUUGAAGCACGUAAGCACCAAUUCGAAGAUGAACGGCUCUUCACCAACUGGAACGAUCCAACUUAUGGAUUGUUGAUCUCUGUGGAUGCUUUCCUCUACAUCUACACUGCCGUUUUGAUGACCGGCUUCUUAUGCACAACGUUGGAGUUUCACAUCGUGGCCAGUCCCGAACAUCGAACUGAAUUCACAGCUGUUCUUUCGCUGUUUAUAGUGCUCUGGGCAAUGAAUUUUUUCACAACUCAAGAUGAUCGCUACGUCUACGCAGCUGCUUGGGGCUAUAACAAGAUGAGUCCCUUCUUUCGAGGGAUGGCGGCGCUGGGACAAGUUUUCAUUACGCAUUCUACAGUCAUGUUGGGUGCCGUGCUGUUAGGCCAUUCUGAGCAUGUGCGACGAACACCAGACAUGCACUUCGACGUGUUUUUCUUCAAGUUUUUACCAAGUCUGUCGGUGCUGCUCGUCGUCAUUGUGCUUUGUGCCUUAAAUCGGGAAGACCACAACCACAAUGUGGACUGCCUCUCGAGCUUCGCUAAUGCCCUCGAUGCUGUGUGGCCGUGGUUUGAAUUCCUCCUGCCAUUCUUGGGUGGCUUAUUUCUGCUGAUUACAAGCUUUGUGGGAAGGGCCACGGAUAGAGACUUUGACAUCGAGAUGGAUUAUGAUUCCACGCUCAUGGUUGCAACUGUGUCCCUGGCAGUGUUCUUCAAUGUCAAUCGCAUCUUUGAGAUGGAAGCCGCCCGCGUGUGGAAAAGCGUCCUAGUUGAAGCUUUACAGCUCUUGGGGCCCUGUGGGUUGGCGACCUUCGCUUUCUACUCCUGGAAACAGCCACCGUUGCGUGAUGGGCCGGGCAAGUUCAGGAACAAAUACUGCCUUUGGUUUGCGUUCGUGUAUGCAGGUUCCAUGUUUGCAAUCUUUCAGACCGCGGAGGAUUGCGAGACCUCAUCUGACCUACCCCAAUGCUGCAGUUAUCCCGGCCUCAACGCAGACUACAACGCGCAGAGGGGGCUGCAGGUCACCUGUGACAAGGAGCUGCGAUGUAUGAAGCCAUUCGUGGAGGGCAAGCAGAUCUGCGCUCUGCCGCAUCACCUGGAGUCCUUAGCUGCAAACAUCACGGAGCAGAAAAAGGGCAUUCACUUCGACCAAGACACCUGCCGUGAGUUAAAAGGCAGAUGGAAGGAGUACAGCUCCAUCAGAGUUGGCGAAGGAAAUCGCUCUGCUUUUCAGGAUGCGGAACAUGAAGAAGAGAAGUUCUCGAGUGCAUUCAGGUUGUUCCGUACCGUUGGAACAGCUGCCAGUGUGGAGAUGUACUUUACCAUUAGCGGAGUCCUUCUGAAGCUUAUCUUCUUGACGCAACACCGCAAAUCAGGCAUUAUUCUGGAACAGGAUCAAGCGCAUCACGGAGAGAUGCAUCAGAGGUUGGGCGAGUCGAUGAUCAAUGCAUCCUUCGCAGACCGGCAUGAAGCAGUGAGGCCGCCCGGUUUGGGAGGCUUCGCUGCCUCGGUGUCCAAAGCAUGGCACCAGGAUCAGGAAGAAGUGGUCCGGCAGAUCAGGAACUGUUUGGAUAUUCCUCUGUCCAUCAUUUUCGUUGGCAUCGGCGUGGCCACGGAGUUCAAGUUCCUCCGCGAGUUGGCGAAGGAUAUUCCAGCGAUCUUGAAGAGCGCCGAGUCUUCAUGGCUCAGCACAUGCAGCUCCAAUCUGUCAACAUCGUUGCAGCAUCCAUCGUCCGACUCGUGGCGUCUUCGAACCCUCCGCAGCUUCGGUGGGGAACUGGCGGAGCUCGGCCCUUCGGAUCCGUCGGAUCCGUCGGAGUGGCGGCGGAGGUUCCUACGCCUGGCGCGGGCCUGUCAUGCAACGAGCAAUCUGAAGGACUUGGCCAAGAACAACAGACUCAGCAAAGAGAUGUUCCUGCGACGGGAGUUCCAGCUGGGAGAGACACCAACCUGGGACUUGGAGUCGCAGUGGAGUUUAGUUGUGCCCACGCCCGACUUGGAAGCCGCGUCCAUCCUUUGCUAUGACGGAGCGUCCUGCCAGUUGUGCGAUGUGAAUCGCACAUCUACGACCUGCCUCUGGAAAAGUGAAGCGACCGCACAGGUGGAACCUUUGCGGGCAGUGGUGGCAACAGACUCGAUCUAUUUGCUGUCAAAGUCAGACAGGGUUGACAUUUAUGAUUUCAACGGCGCUUGGACUGGGGACCUGCUGCCAAAUUUGGUGGAGGCCGACCUUCUCUCCUCCACAGACAUGUUCCUUGCCGAUGGAAAGCUGGUGCUGGAGCAGCCAACGCGGCUAUUGGUUUGGGACACCAACUCUGGUGAUUUUGGCAUCAUCAUACCGCGACCUUCCAUCAUUGGUGGUCAGGAAGAGAAACUGCAUCCAGUCCAGGCAAGAUCUUCAGGCGCUUCCACUCUGGCCUUGUGGGCUGAAGAAGGUGGACGGAGCAUACAUUUUUGGCGCACCGAACCGGAGUGCACCCAGCUGACACAGUGGAUCCCGCUUUUGCCACUACCAUCACGUGACACCAUCACGCUCAUCACCUUUGGGGUGUCUGUUGGUGAGGGCCUCCUGGUAGCUUUGGAUACGGCCCAUGUGCUGCAUGUGGCGAAGAUGAUCCAUGACGCCGAUGGAGUCCAAGUGAAGGAUAUCAUGGUAUCCCCGAUCUUUGUGGAGUCUCCCAUCACAUCCACUGGUGAACCAAGUAUUCUUCCAUGCUCAGUGGCUGUCAGAUGCGGAGUGCUGUGCUUUGUUGAAGCACCCAAUUUGGAAGCUCAGAAGCGUACCCUUCAUAUUUGGCAACUGGCCUCGGAGGGCGAAAUUCUGCCAGUUCCACGGCGCCAAACCUUUCAAUUUUUUACACGAGGUCAAGCAGCUGUGUCGGUGCCAAAACCCAUCUUUGGAAGAUUUGUGAUUCUGAAAAACUGUUGCAUGAUGGAAGAUGGCGAACCUCUCCUAUGGAUUGAGAUCUUGGACAUUAGACAGGUUAGACAAGAGCAAGAAAAGCAUCCAAAGCUACGAAAGCUAGACAAGCCUUCAGGUUUGUAUCAAGUCUUGACUUCGGCUCGAGAUUCUACGCUCUUCCGGCGUGGUCAUCCUCUGACUGAUUUCUUGCUGGGCUUUUGGAAUGAAGAACCUGUUCAUUUCAUUGCCUUCAAGGACCAUGCAGAUGACCCGCAGUACUUGACAGCAGCCACCCUGUCGCAUUUGCCGAAGGAUAUUGUGAAGUACUACAUGGGGAACGGCACCAAGCCGCGAGGCCUGUCACGUUUUGAGGAUAAAGAUGGCAACCCGGUGCCAAAGUAUGUGCCCAAGGAGCCUCUUUCUUCACAAACGGUGCCGGUGAGAAAAACAGUCCGAAUCCCAUCCUCCUCCACGACGCAAUCCAGAGAUGCGUCAAAGGCGACUUCCGGUGUGGGAUCACUCAUGAACAGAGGGGCGGAUGCAGGCACGAAAUCGCCGCAUCGCUCAACCAGUCACACACCGACUGGAUCGAGGCUCCCAAGCCGCUCCAAGGAGUUGAGGAGCCUCGAGAAUGACCCUGAAGAAGAUCCCUUGCCGGAUCUUCCGCCGGAAGAGGACUCUGAUGACGAGAGGGAGGCUCAAAAGCCACCCAUUUUCCUGGAGCAGGAGAAAGCGCGCCUGAUCAACAAUGGUGUGAACUUGGGAUAUGAGAAGUUCCGGAUUGUUCGAGCCAUUCGGGAUGGGUUGCCAUCAUCAGCGCUCGAUGUUCUUGUAGACAACAUCCUGAAUGGCGGCUACGGAGGAGCUUUGAGCUACAGAGAUGCUGCUCUUCAAGCGCUCUCAGACGCCGAUUUUCUGGAGCUGCCUGGCAUUAAGAAUGGCGGCAAGAAGACUGACGAGCUUGGGGAGAUUUUGGACAAGAGCCGUGUGAGGAAAUUCCGCUUUGGUGCAGAGGAAGAUGAAGAUGACGUAGACUACAACAUGCGGCUUCAACAGCUGGCAGUGUCUGCCAAACCGGUUGACAGGAGGCUAGAAACUCGCAUAGGUCUGAUUCCGCAGGAUCGCUUGGCCAUCAAAGCUCCAGAGGAAGUCCGCGCUGGGAGCCGGAUGAAGUCUUCAAGAGGGGCGUCCAGUUCCCUGAAGCAGGGCAGCAAGUUGCGCGCGGAGAAUUCUUCGAAAACUCUCACUUUGUUGGGCUCAGAUCUCCAAAGUCUUGGCAGCGAGGAGAUGGGCUGUUGGAUUUGGCGGCAGAUAGCUGCGGCAGCUGCGGAGGACGAGAAUUUGAUGCGUGGUGCCACCAAGACCUUGGAAGAGGUAUACCGGCAACGGAGUGACAUUGAAGCAUGUUGA